AUGGGCCUACUCGAGCCCGAAAACGCGAUGUAUUCGGAAACUGGUAAAAAGGAGUACGUUCAGUCAGUAAAAGUCAGUGGAUCCGACCACUUUUUGCUCACUGUGUUGGACUGUGACCAAUCUACGUAUGAACUGACUCUAACAAACGGCACGGACUGUUUUCAAGGCACAGUAAGACCCGACGACAUAGCGCUCCGGGCUGAGUUAGGCCGCUGUACUGUUUCGGAACUAAAGUCACUGACUCACAAGGCCCUUACGAGUUACAACGAAAAUGGAGAAGAAUUUGCGUAUUCUCUAACAACACGAGAGGAUGGAACCACCAGGCUUCUCGCUUGGAAGCAGCGACUCGCCGAAGGCGCUGCACGUGUUGUUGGGGAAGCUGUAUUACGCAGAAGGGACUACCUGGACGGCAUAAUUCAGAUCCUCACGGCUACGAUGCGAAUUAUAAAGCAUCGAGAAGCUUGUCUCGAGAACUCCCGAUCGGAACUGGAGCGACUUCGCGCAGAGAACAGGGAGGCUCUUACGCUGCUCGACAAAAGUACUCACAUGAAAGACCAAAUGGAGCAGGAGCUUUACUCGAAAUUUGUCUCGGUUCUCAACGCAAAAAAGCGCCGAAUAGCCCAACUGGAGGAGGGCGGCGGCGGCGAUGACGACGCUCGCACUAAAUGCUCUCGAACCACCACGAGUGCCGACGAGGCCUCGACGUCGUCGAAAACUUCCCAAGUCAGGUCUACGAUGGACAUUCUUGAUGACCUCAUCUAG